AUGAAACCUGUAUUGGCGGCAGCCGCUGCCGUCUUCUUCACCCUCGCCAGCGCCCAUGGCUCGCAUUCGCAAGAAGACCUCGCCAAUCCAGCCGAGGAUUGGGCAUUAUACCACAUGCAAGAAGAACACCACAUCUCCAAUUUCGACCCAACCUCCUUCUUCUCCCUCCACGACUUCAACAAUGACGGCGUCUGGACACCAGACGAAGUGCGAGGACUUUACGGUCUCGACGACGAGUCUCUCCAGAGCACACCCGCCGACACAAAAGACCGCGUCGUCCUGAACGUAUUCAAACUCUUCGACGCGACCGGGUCGGGCAUGAUCACGCGCGAUCAAUGGCUGAACGGCAUCCGGGCAGGCAAGAAGCUGCCCGACUCGGGGCUGGGUCCCGGCCACCACGGCGACGACGAAUAUGAAUACGAGAUUCACCAUUUCGAGAAAUACCAUGACGAAAACACCAAAGAGGAGGAUCUGGUGCAUCCGGAGGAUAUCGAGCAUUUCAGAAAACAUGAUCAGAUGGAAGACGACGCGGAGCGGGUCUUGAAGGAGCAGAGGCAGAAUAUCGUGGAGAAGAAUAUCCCGAUGAAGUUUCGGAGACAACAACAACGAUGA